GUUGCAUCGCACUCAUUCUCGCUCGGGCUAAUCCUCAUACCAAAGGUGAAGCAAACAUUACAUUCUUCUCGCUCAAGUCUUCGAACCGCAUUACUUCUCUCAGGUCAUUCAAUUCUCAUCGGCUUCCUCCGUUCUCAAGACUUUGGGCCUUCGGUUUUGGACCAGACGCAGCACCAUGUCCCACUCCUGGCUCGCAAAAACCCCACAGCAGCUGCUGAAUGCCCACUCCAAACCCCACGGCAACCGCUAUACCGACCUCUACAUAUCCCUCUACAUCAUUGACUCCAAAAAGCUCUUCCUGCUUCGAAACAGCAAAGGCCAAUACAUUCCACCAACAUACCACUUCUCACCACCUGCCAAACCCCAACAAGAAUCAAUGGAACACUACGCCUUCAAACUGCUGCAACCCUUCAUCGAAUCCAACCUCCUCCACCAAAUCCACUUCGUCGACCUCGCCUUCGACAAACCCCUAAUCGAACAACACCCACAAACCGACCGAUCAACACUCCACCUCUCCCUCAUCAUCACAGCACAAAAUGGCUGCUCAAUAACUCCAACCUGGAUCAAAACCCACCUUUCGCCUUACACAUCCUCCGACUUCAUCGACUUCCCCUCUCUUCCUCACUUCCUCCCCUCCCCAACCCACCUCCAAACCACCCAAACCGUCCUAACCCGCUACAAGAACCUCCUCCCUCGCCUCAAAAACAUCCACGGCGCCGGCGUAGCCGAAACACCACUCUUCCGGACUUACCUCAUCCGUACCCUCAACUCCUCCAUCCUCCAACAUGAACUCCUUAAACAAAAAACUCUGGCAAAAGGUUACAUCUGUCUAUUCGAAGAAGACGGGAAAUUGUACCUAUUACCUGCGGUUGAAGAUGAGGAGUUGGGACAGAAGAAGACGAAGUUGAGGAAGGGAGAGGAGUGGGAGGUUAUUGGGAAGUGGAAGAGGAAAGAUGGGAGGGAGGGGUUUGAGAUAGGGGAUGUGAGGCCUGGAGGGGAUUUGUUGCAGGUUUGGUGGAGUUGUUUUGGCAAUGGGAGGGAUGGGGGGAUGGUGGUGGAGGUUGUGGAGGGGACGAAGGGGGAGGAAGGGGGUUGGGAUGCGGUGGGAUGGAGGAAUGGCGCUGGAUCUGGUGAGAGGGACGCGGUGCCGAGAUGGGUGAGGGAGAAUAAUGAGAGGUGGGUUUUGCAGGGUGUGGCAGGCUCUUAG